UGGAUAUUCACAAAGCGGAAGUGGUGGAAAAAAACAGCCUCGUUCCUUUUUUCUUGUUUUUCAGUGUCAGUUUGCAGCUUUUCUGUAUCCGCUUCACACAGUCAUCGCAGCGACAACAAAACAUGGAUAGAUAGUGUUUGUAUUAUUGGGUAAGGUGACAGUCUAUUGUAUUUACGGACUUUACAUCUGUAAAAAAUAAUUCGUCACAUAAUUGCCCGACCUGGACUGUCACUCACAGACGGGACAUACCGGAUUUGACUCUUGUAAACCCCCUCCACUUCUCUGAGCCACAUCAUGGCUAAUAGCACCACCACAACAGUGAAAGUUCUGGGAGCCCCUGGCCCUGCUGGCAGAAGUAGUCCAGAAGGAUCUCAGGUUCUCAGUAAGAAGAAGCUACAGGACCUGGUGAGAGAGAUUGACCCAAAUGAACAGUUGGAUGAGGACGUGGAGGAGAUGCUGCUACAGAUUGCAGAUGACUUUAUAGAGAGUGUAGUGACAGCUGCUUGUCAACUGGCACGGCAUCGUAAGUCCAACACCUUGGAGGUAAAGGACGUUCAGUUACAUCUUGAGCGCCAGUGGAACAUGUGGAUUCCUGGUUAUGGAUCAGAUGAGAUUCGACCAUUUAAGAAGGCUUGCACCACAGAGGCUCACAAACAGAGAAUGGCGCUGAUCCGCAAGACAACCAAAAAGUAGCAAGACUGUACACUAAUGUGUUGUAAUUGCUCUGUGUAUUUUCAUGUCUUUGGGUUUUUACUUUUUUUUUUUUUUCUUUGCAUCUGGGAUUUUUUUUUUCUUUUUGAUUAAUGAAGAAGACUGAGAUGGUUGGGGUAGGGGUGUAUUUUUUUGUCAUUAGAUAGUAUUUCACUGUCAUAACUCCCCAAUUUGUGCGUGUUUUGUCAGCAUCAUUACAUAAAAUGUCAUUCAUGUCUGUGAUACCUUUUUGUUGACAUUUAGCUAAGCCUGGCAAAACUUUAUUGAUUGCAUUUUUGACAAUAAACAUUUACAGGAAGACA